AUGGCCAAAAGGACAAUAUCAAGCUGCAGUUCGUCGCCGUCAUCGAAAAAAUGCAAAUUCUCAAUUGAUGACAUUCUAAAUUCGACUACCUUGCUACAAACGGCAGCAUUGAUAAAGGCUGAAGAUGAUAAUGAUAAGAGGAACGAGGAGACCAGUUCUCCAUUGGAUUUACAGCCAAAUAUUAAUUGGGUGCCUGAGGGCAAUUCGGCCAGUUUGAGUGGAUUGAAUUGUCGACUGGAAGGGAAGGAGAUGUGGGCGCAGUUCUACAAACUCGGCACUGAGAUGAUCAUCACAAAGUGUGGGAGGUAAGGCUAGGAGGGCAGGGUUAGGAUGACCAGGGUAGGGUGGGGUAGUUUUGUGUAUUGUAAAGAAAGUUAUUGUCAUUUUUCGAUCUGUAAAGAAAGUUCUUGCCACUUAUUGUUCUGUAAAGAAAGUUCUUGCUAUUUUAUGUUUUGUAAAGAAAGUUCUUGCAAUUUUAUGUUCUGUAAAGAAAGUUCUUGCAAUUUUAUGUUUUGUAAAGAAAGUUCUUGCUAUUUUAUGUUUUGUAAAGAAAGUUCUUGCAAUUUUAUGUUCUGUAAAGAAAGUUCUUGCAAUUUUAUGUUUUGUAAAGAAAGUUCUUGCUAUUUUAUGUUUUGUAAAGAAAGUUCUUGCAAUUUUAUGUUUUGUAAAGAAAGUUCUUGCCACUUUUUGUUCUGUAAAGAAAGUUCUUGCAAUUUUUCGAUCUGUAAAGAAAGUUCUUGCCACUUUUUGUUCUGUAAAUAAAGUUCUUGCAAUUUUUCGAUCUGUAAAGAAAGUUCUUGCCACUUUUUGUUUUGUAAAGAAAGUUCUUGCUAUUUUUUGUUUUGUAAAGAAAGUUCUUGCCAUUUUUUGUUUUGUAAAGAAAGUUCUUGCUAUUUUUCGAUCUGUAAAGAAAGUUCUUGCCACUUUUUGUUCUGUAAAUAAAGUUCUUGCAAUUUUAUGUUUUGUAAAGAAAGUUCUUGCAAUUUUAUGUUUUGUAAAGAAAGUUCUUGCUAUUUUUCGAUCUGUAAAGAAAGUUCUUGCCACUUAUUGUUCUGUAAAGAAAGUUCUUGCUAUUUUAUGUUUUGUAAAGAAAGUUCUUGCAAUUUUAUGUUCUGUAAAGAAAGUUCUUGCAAUUUUAUGUUUUGUAAAGAAAGUUCUUGCUAUUUUAUGUUUUGUAAAGAAAGUUCUUGCAAUUUUAUGUUUUGUAAAGAAAGUUCUUGCUAUUUUUCGAUCUGUAAAGAAAGUUCUUGCCACUUAUUGUUCUGUAAAGAAAGUUCUUGCUAUUUUAUGUUUUGUAAAGAAAGUUCUUGCAAUUUUAUGUUCUGUAAAGAAAGUUCUUGCAAUUUUAUGUUUUGUAAAGAAAGUUCUUGCUAUUUUAUGUUUUGUAAAGAAAGUUCUUGCAAUUUUAUGUUUUGUAAAGAAAGUUCUUGCUAUUUUUCGAUCUGUAAAGAAAGUUCUUGCCACUUAUUGUUCUGUAAAGAAAGUUCUUGCUAUUUUAUGUUUUGUAAAGAAAGUUCUUGCAAUUUUAUGUUCUGUAAAGAAAGUUCUUGCAAUUUUAUGUUUUGUAAAGAAAGUUCUUGCUAUUUUAUGUUUUGUAAAGAAAGUUCUUGCAAUUUUAUGUUUUGUAAAGAAAGUUCUUGCCAUUUUUUGUUUUGUAAAGAAAGUUCUUGCUAUUUUUUGUUUUGUAAACAAAGUUUCUGCCAUUUUAUUUUCAAAAAACGUAAAAAACGCGUAAAAUUCCGAAAUUGCGAGUCAUUUUGAAUAAUUUUACAGUCUUGAUGAGAGUAAUUUCGAAUUUCGAAAAACUUGUGACAUCUGCUUUCCAAAUUCGUGAAACAAGCCCUCAGGGAGCGACAAAAAAUGAGAUUCUGUCGUCGAAUGGUCAACUUCUUUUGCAUAACAACUUUGUUCAAGUUGUUAUUGGUCGGAAAGUAAAAGGAAGGUUAUGUCUUUAUGAGAAAAUCCGCAAGAACUUUCUUUACAAAACAUAAAAUGGCAAGAACUUUUUUUACAAGACAUAAAAUGGCAAGAACUUUCUUUACAAUUCAAAAAAUGAAAAGAACUUUUUUUACGAAACAUAAAAUGGCAAGAACUUUCUUUACAAAACAAAAAAUGGCUAUAUAUUUACCACAGUAACUCUCACUUUUACAGACGUAUGUUCCCCACGGUCAAAAUUCGCCUGGAAGGUUGUGAGCCUAACUGUCAGUAUGAUGUGUUCCUUGAUGUUAUACCGGUCGAUGGGCAUCGCUACAGGUACAUGUACAACAAGUCAUCAUGGCAGACGUGUGGUAAAGCUGAACCAUCCCCUCAGGCCAGACUUUAUUUACAUCCGGACUCGCCGCAUGAUGGAAGAGGGUUGGAUAACAAUAUCAUCACUUUUGAAAAAGCCAAACUCACUAAUAAUGCUGAUGAUACUAGGGUUGGACAUGUAAGUUUGAAGGGUAGGGUAGAGUAGGAUAGGGUAGGGUAAACCACGUUAUGGUACUGUAGAUUAAAAGAUUACGGCAGGGUAGAGCACUUUAAGAUACCGUAGAGUAAGGAAUUUACGAUAGAGUACGGUAGGGCAAGGUAGGGUUGAGUAAAGCAGAGUGGAGUAAGGAUGUUACGGUAGAGUACAAUAAGGUAGGGUAGAGUACGGGUGGUAGGGAGGCAAGGCAGAGUAAUGUUGGGUACGGUAGAGAACGGUGUGGUAGUGUAGAAUCAGGUACUGCAGAGUACGGUAGGGCAACAUGAAUAAUUUAUUUUAAUUUUAAAUAAUAUAGUACCAAAUUUCAGUUAGUACUAAACUCGAUGCACAAGUACCAGCCACGAGUACAUGUAGUGAUACGACGAGAUGGAAAAAGGUCGAGAAUGUUCGAUCCGAGCAGUAGUGACUUCGACAUUCGAAAUGAAGAAUAUCGGACAUUCGUAUUUGAUGAGACCAAGUUCAUGGCUGUCACGGCUUAUCAAAAUCAGUUGAUAACGAAGCUGAAAAUUGAAAAGAACCCAUUUGCUAAAGGAUUUAGAGACCCUAACGGGAGGGGGAAUGACUUUAGUGAUAUGUAAGUUUACCUUACCCACCCUAACUUACCCAAUCCUACCCUACCCUACCCAAUCUUACCCUACCCUACCCUACCCUACCCUACCCUACCCUACCCUACCCUACCCUACCCUACCCUACCCUACUCUACCCUACCCUACCCCCACCCUACCCUACCCUACCCUACCCUACCCUACCCUACCCUACCCUACCCUACCCUACCCUACCCUACCAUACCAUACCAUACCAUAUUAUACCAUACCAUACCCUACCCUACCCCUCUACUCUUGUUGUACCUUGCUUUACAGUUAUUUGAAUCUAUUCUACCGUUUUCUACUCUACUCUAGACUUAUUUAUGUGUUACUCUACUCUCACAUAACCAACUUUAUUCUGCCUUGCCUUGUCUUGCCUUCCCCUUUUCUACAGUAGUUACCGAAUUCUGCCUUACCUUUCCCUGCCCUACAACCAUAUACGCCUGCUCUACCGUAAUCUACCCUACUUUACUCUACCUUGCUCUAUCGUGUUUUUCCUUGCCGUUCUCUACCCUACCCUGUCUGAGCUUGCCCUACCGUGCCCUAACCUAGACCUGUCCAAGCCUAUUCUACUCUCCCCCUCCCCUACCGACCUAUUUAAGCUUUACCUUAUCCUACUGUGUCAAAGGUUGGAUAUUAUAGACUCUGACCCCAUUCUACCCUGCCCUGUCCUUCUCUAUUCUGCCUAGCCUUGCCUUUCCGUUCCUUCGCUAUACUGACGUUGUACCCAAUCCUAUCUUUUCCCUUAUCACAACAUGUUAUUAUAACGAAAAUUCCAGCUUCAGCAGUCCAUGCCCAGAGCCCACGAUAUUCCUCAAGAAUCUGCUUCAGUUUGCCUCGAUCUCGCCAAUGUUUUCGAAUCAAACUUCAAAUUUGUAUUCCAUGAUGUGUCCACCAGGUGGAGAAAUGUUUUUGCCAUGGAAUAUGAACGGGAAUAUGAAUCGUUUCUGCAAUACGGGUAAUGAGGAUGGGAAGAAGGUAAGGUCUGACUUGCUUUUUGUAGAAGUACCAACAGGGAAAGUAUUACACUUAGUAGGGCUAGACUUAAUGGGGGGAGGUGAGCUCACAAGGAAAGUACCGGACCUGCCCCGCUCUGAUAGACUUCAAACUUUUGUAUAUAGAAAGAUCAUGUAAAUAUAACAGCAUGACCAUGAUAUACCUAGGGUAAAGCCUCAAAGACACUGGAGUAAAGCUACUAUAAGUGGUAGAAUAUAAUAUAGCAGGGUAGGCUAGGUUAGGGUAAGGUACGGUAGUACAAUCCUUAACAUCAAUCGCUUUCAGCUAGCCCAGCCCUCAACAUCUAGUCCACCAACGCCGAUCGAAACCAACGUUUCCGUCGAUGACAGUGAUGAAAAGAGCUCGGUGUACACAGUAAAAACUGAUGUAACUCUGUAA